GAGUGCGGCCGAUUACCUACUGGGGGUGGCGGAUUUGUCGGGAGAACUCAUGCGUUUGUGCAUAAACUACUUGGGAGGCGGCAAUCGCGAGCAGUGUUUCAUCAUCCAUGACUUUCUAAGGUCAAUGCUAAGCAGUUUUGAGGCCCUUCCAUAUGGCGAGAUCAAAGAACUGAACAGAAAAAUCAAUGUCAUGAAACAGAGUCUGACCAAAGUUGAAAACGCUUGCUACGCUGUUGCCAUUCGAGGUGCUGAAGUCCCUUCACACAAGCUCGCUAGUCUCGUAAAAAGUAGUGCCAUCGCCGAUCCAAUACCGGACGAAGAUUGAGUGGGCAUAACCCAACCCGUUCCAGAUUGUUCAUAGUGCAUAGUGUAUGUAUUAUGCAUUAGCAACAGGAUGUCCGGAUUCUGCCUUUUUCACCUGAGCUUUUCAGAUACCACAGCGGAGGAAUUUAGUUUGCAGGUAGCACAUAUAAUCAACGAUAUAUAAUUUCUCCAUUUUCUUGUGUAUAUCUAAGGAAGAGCUGAGCGUUUACUUAGAUGUUUGAAGAAAGCACACUCUUGAACGGAAAAAUCAGUUGUGUGGUACAAUUCCCCACCUCGGUGUGCUACCGCCAGCGCAUUCAUUUUUGUCUCAGUGUGUGUAGUAUGUAAUAUCUAUGCUCUCAUUUUGCAAUGUAUCGGACUGAAUAAAUUUCCGACACAACGUGCAGACUAUUUUGUGC